AUGGAGGGAGUUCAGACUGUGGAUGUGAGCUGGCUUCAUCAUUCACAGAGAGGCAAGUCGCAAGUCCCGCUCGCUGCUGGCCGCCCGCGGGUACAUCCUCGGAGGCGGAAUCCGGCAACUCUGGUCGGAGGUUGGGCAGCAACUGACGUGCCUUCUUCAGAUCAUCUCUCGCGAACCAAGUCAGUUCCGUCGACGAUCAGCGACAAGUCCUCCACCGAGAAAGGGCCGACAACUACAACCUCCACCUCACACCGAAGAUCUCGUUCGAAUAGUAGUCCAGCUGUCCCGCCUGCCUCGGAUAAACCGCAACCUGGGCACGACCCUCAAAAUAAUGCUGGCAAGGUAGAAGAGACAGGACAGGCAAGUGAGAACACGACAGAGCCGCCGAAGCAAUUGCCGUCCACACCGUCCCCGACAGUACAGAAGAGUAGCCCAAAGCCCAUCGGCGGGCGGCGAAAUUCAUGGAUAUCUAGUCUGAGCUCUAAAUUCUCCUCGGGGUCGACCCCUCCGUCGCAGUCCAGUCUAAAGGGAAGCACUGCGAGCCCCAAGGCAACCCCUCCGCUUGAUGCUCACAACCCCUUUGGCGCGGCCUAUUCACCAAAGGACCGGGAAGAUGAGAAGAAGGACGACCAAAGUCUAUCUAGCUCUACAUCGCCCAAAGGUCCCUCUUUCAUCCAUAAUGCGUUGCGCAAGUUCUCAUCCAACUCCGGAGGUCUCCCCAAGCUACCGGCUAAUGGCGUUAUUUGCCCGCGACGGGUGAUGAACCUCGAUGAGGGUCGAGACCGUUGCAAGAUAUCAGAGCUGAACCCAGCCAAGCUGAAUCGCGUGGCAUUCUGUGUCGACGUGGAGAUUGCAGGCAUCUCUCAUCGAGAUUCCGAUGAGGAUGCACCUCCAACGAACCAAUUGCGACAGUCUCUGCCCGAGUCCAAUCGCCAAAAGUCGAAAAAAGCCGAUGCUAAAGAAAUGGGCAAAGAGGACGCCGGAGCAUCGAAGAAACCUCAACCCGUCGUGACUGAAAAGGAAGCACCUCUCCCGCCGAUUCCGAAAGAGACUGCUUCCCCAGACACUCAAUCUACAACUCCUGCAACUGAGGUGACUACCCCGAAAGCUUCCGCCGAUGGAAAGCCCAACGGAGAAGCGAAAGAUCCGACUCGGAAGCAGGAGAAAAAGAAACGAUCGGAAGAAGAAAGAAGGGAACGCAAGGAGCGUAAGCGCAGGCAAGCCGUGGCAAACGGUUCAAUCCCAUUACAGCUCGAUGCGGAGCAUGACGAGGAUGAGAGUCGUGCACCAGCAGCUGGAGUUUCUCGUCCAAAGACUCAUAGUCACCCCACCACAGAUCCUGUGCGUAUAUAUCGCCGGUGCUGCCAGCUUCGUGAAACGCCAGUCCUUAAGAGGAUUGUCGAUGAAAUUUCGUCCCCUUCCUCAACGCUGGCCGAGUCUCCCGGCACUGUCGCAGCUUUGGAUUUGAGUAACUUUCCGAUGACUGGACAAGAUAUCGCAACAUUCAGCGAUUGGCUCGCAAUUGUGCCCGUGCGCAAGCUCAUUCUCGAGAAUUGCGCCCUCAACGAUGAUUCUGUGCGAGCCAUUCUUUCCGGGCUUCUCUCUACCAAGACGGUAGAGCAGAUGCGACACCGACGGAGACGGGCCCGGAAACCAGACUCUCUCGUCGUCAAGGACGGGCGAUGGGGCGUCGUGGAAAAGCUCUCGCUUAAGAAUAACCCGAAGAUUGGGCAUGAAGGAUGGCGUCACAUCAGCUUGUUCAUCCACCUGUCCAAAUCUCUCAAGGCCAUUGACUUGUCUGGUAUUCCUUUCCCCAAACCCCGAUCAUCCUCUGAUAGCUCUACCGGCUCCACAGGGCAGCCUCAGACGCACCCUGUUGAUGUUUGCACUAUCUUCGCGGAUGCUUUGGGAGAACGCUUUGGUGGCGAGCAUCUUGAAGAAUUGUUGCUUAGUGAGUGCAUGCCGUCAAUGGAUCAAGUGAAGAAGAUCUGUAUUGCCGCCACCAGAAUGAAGUUGCGAAGACUGGGCCUGGCGAAUAACGGUAUCACUCGGGAGGGCCUGGAACAUGUGAUUGAGUACCUCAAAGAUGGCUAUUGCGAAGGGUUGGACUUGGGUGGAAAUCUUAUCAAGGACGAUCUCGAUCUCAUCGUGGAUGCAAUCGAGCCUGAGCUGCCUCUUUUCGCACUCAGUCUUGCCGAUUGUUCCUUGACGCCGUCUGUGAUCUGCCCGUUGCUCCAAGCUCUUACCCGACUUCAUAAUCUUCGCUUCAUGGACGUUUCUCAUAAUCCUGCGUUGUUCUCUUCGCAACCCAGUUCUCUCGGAGCAUUCCGACGAUUCCUGCCCAAGAUGCCUUCGCUCAAGCGCAUCCACCUGGCGAAUGUUGACCUUUCGCCCGAUCAUGUAAUUGGUCUGGCCGAAGUUCUCCCUGAGUGUCCCAGCCUCUGCCAUUUGAAUAUUCUGGAGAACCCCCAGAUCGCUGCAGUAGCUUCUAGCACGGAUGCUGCUGCUCAGGAAGAGGCAUGUGCAGUCUACGCUUCUAUGAUGGCAGCUGUUCGCGUUUCGAGAACGAUCAUCGCGGUGGACAUUGAAAUUCCUACCGCCGAGAACAAUGAAGUCGUCAAGGCUUUGGCAUCCCAGAUUGUCGCAUACUCCCUUCGAAAUCUCGAGGGCGGUGCAAUUGCCGAAGAACUUUCUGAAUCGAUUAUCACCUCCCCGACCAGGGAUGUCCCUGUGCCCGAGAUCUUACAACACAUCGUCGGCCAUGCAAACGGUCCUGAAGAGCCUUGUGACGAAGAUGAUGAUACAGCUCCUGAUGAGGACUAUGUCAUUGGUGGUACAGGCGUCGUGAAGGCACUGGGUGUCUGUCUCGGCAACUUGAACCAAGAUGGCAGUGACGCCCUCGGAGAUCAAUCAGCUCCUCCCAGUGGUACAUCAACCCCCCGACGCCGUAAGUCUCGUGGCGUUGUUGGGAAGCGGCCUCGUGACAUGUCGAAGAACCUAUUGGAAUCGGCACGGAAUAUUCGAGCUCGGAUUCAGACAGCUCUCAUUCGCGAGGACCGAGCAGGUAACGACGCGAACUAUAGGCGUCUGCAAUUCUUGGACUUUACUCUUCAACGAAUGAUCCAACGCUUCGAAGACGAGUACCCCGAGACUCGUAUUGUGCCUCAACCUGCUCCUGUAUCAGCCGCUCCCGACAACACCUCACAGCACUCCGGUGAGGAUGCAACUGGACAAAGCGCCGCCGGAAACUUGAACGGUAUUGCUAUUGACAACGAGAACGCGAUCGACGAUGAAGAAACCGAUCAAUACGCUAUUCACCUCUCACGCACCAACUCCAUAACCUCCUUGCAUGCUCGCGCCAUGACCUCGGAAGAAGGCCACCUUCACCGACUAGGCCAAAAUCUCCGCCGUGACUUCCUCAACCCACCCCUAAGCCAAGGUGACCCCGAUGAUGAUGCUGCGGCGCAUCUCGUGGCUUUGCGGGAGAGACUGGAGCGCAUGCACGAACAGCAGCCCCAGUCACCCUUCGACAGCGCCGAAGCCGAACAGGCCUUCGAGAAGCUCGGUUCGACCGUCGACGAGCUCUGGGCCGCUCAAAGGCAGGAUGCAGAGGCCUUUGAAAAAUUCAAGCAGUCCCAGAUCGCGGCACAGAUCAACAGCGGCCUGCGUGUUGCUGCGUCCAUGCCGGAUGCUAGCAGCGAGGAGUCAUCCAAGAAGAGUUCCAGUGACGACGCCCAGCAGAGUUCUGAGAGCAAGUCUCUCUCACCUCCUUAA